CCGCCGCUCCUCUACUGGACAGGCGCUGAGGCGGAAAUCUACCCGGAAAUGGAUUGAUUUCUUCUGUGCACUCUCUGAUACUUAGAAAAUUGGAUUAGACCCUACAUGACAAGAAAGUAUGGGUGUGGCACCAGGAAGCAAGGCAGAGAGAAAAGCAGCAUUAGAUGCUGGAGCAUGGAUGUUCAAUGUUGUGACAUCUGUUGGUAUAAUCAUGGUCAACAAGGCCUUAAUGGCCACACACGGCUUUAGUUUUGCUACAACAUUAACUGGGCUGCAUUUUGCAACCACUACCUUGAUGACAUCAGUAAUGAAAUGGUUGGGAUAUAUUCAGCCAUCCUACCUACCAUUGCCAGAACUAGUAAAAUUUGUCGUCUUUGCAAAUCUAUCAAUUGUUGGGAUGAAUGUUAGCUUGAUGUGGAACUCUGUUGGAUUUUAUCAGAUUGCCAAGUUGUGUAUUAUUCCAGUUUUGUGCUUUCUAGAAAUUCUGUUUGACAAAGUCCGUUACUCGAGAGAUACGAAGCUCAGUAUAAUGCUCGUCCUAGGCGGUGUUGCUGUAUGUACGGUAACUGAUGUUAGUGUGAACUCUCAAGGGCUAAUAGCUGCAAUAGUAGCAGUCUGGAGCACUGCACUACAACAGCAUUAUGUUCAUCACCUUCAGCGGAAGUACUCGCUUGGCUCAUUCAACCUCUUGGGUCAUAUUGCUCCUGCUCAGGCAGCGUCAUUGUUAAUAUUUGGUCCUUUUGUGGACUUUUGGCUGACAAACAAAAGAGUUGAUACUUUUAAUUAUACCAUGGUAGUUACGUUCUUCAUUGUAUUGUCGUGCAUAAUUGCUGUCGGUACCAAUCUAAGCCAGUUCAUAUGCAUCGGAAGAUUCACAGCUGUGUCGUUUCAAGUUCUAGGUCACAUGAAGACUAUUCUUGUGUUGACACUGGGCUUUUUCUUAUUCGGAAAAGAGGGACUUAAUUUCCAUGUCGCGGUUGGCAUGACCCUGGCUGUGAUUGGCAUGAUUUGGUAUGGGAAUGCGUCAUCCAAACCAGGAGGUAAAGAGCGGCAGGUUUACAUACCAAUCAGUGAGAAAAUACAGAAGCACAGCAUGCUGUUGUCUCAGUCUGAGCUUGGCCAGAAAGUCUAAGGACUGAGACUAGGAAUGCGAAGUUGUUGAAAUGUUAUUAGGGUUAGUACUUAUUGGAGAGUUACCACAAUCAGAUUUAUUCUUUGCAUACAUAUUUUUUAGAUGUUUUCUUAAAAUUGUAGCCAUAGCAGGACGAGAGUAUCUAGGCAAAAUGAAAUUGACUUUACUGUUCCAGCACAUUGCAGCCGCCAAGUGGGAAGAUGAUUUUGCAAUA